UCGCGAUUGUUUUUGGCUUUCAGUUGACAAGCUAACAUGUUAACAUGUGCGGAGUAUUUUGAGCAAGCUUUUGAAAAUUGAAUUGAAAUACUCGCCGGCGCUCACCAUAAGCUGCUCAUUUCGAUGGAAAACUCGAAUUCAGUCGCGUUUUGAAAGCGCAAGUGUGAGCAACAAAAACUGUUAAGGCCGCAUCUGCAACUUAGACAAUAAAAUAAAACAAAAUUAAAAAAGCAAAUAUACACUUACAGCUCUAAACUGACUCAUUAAGGUGUCGGUUUGGUUGAACUUUGUACUUUGUUGAAGAAACGCUCAGAUACUUGACGAACGAUGGAUCGAAAGCGUGCAAUGCUCUAUCCGCAGGUUGAUUUCAACACACCAACGGCUCCGACACGCGACAUCGAGCAUGGCAGUCCGGAGGUGCCAUUGGAGGCGCCGCCAUCAUAUGAUGUUGCAAUAUCGGAGCCAGCCAUGCCGCGCAACCCGUCCCAGCCACCACCAGUCUUAGUCGUAACCGGACAACCAUUGCCAACAAGAACAGCAACAACCACAGCACAACAACAACAACAUCUGCAAGAACCAACAUUUGUGCAUUCGGCUCCCCUGCAUUUGGGUCCGAAUCCAUGCAGCGUUAUCUGUCCAGCUUGUGGCGCACAGAAGGUCUCUCGCAUGACCCAUACGCCCAACACGCGGACCCAUCUGGGCGCCGGUCUACUCUGCCUCGUUGGGUGGUGCUGCUGUGCCUGCUGCGUUCCGUACUGCAUGAAUAGCUGCCGAACGGGCAACCAUUACUGUUCCAAAUGCAACACCUUCUUGGGCAGCUACAGUCCACGCGGAGUGAAGUGAACUGAUUUGGAAUCUGCAUACAAUUAGAUAAGGCAAUAUUUGUACGGAUGAGCAUUCGCUAGAUAAUCAACCAAAGUCCACUGGCUUUCGGCCGCAAUGCAGCGAAACAAGUCUGCGACAAUAUACUUGUACAUAAGUAGUUCUCAGACUCUUCGCUUAUUUGCUUGUUCAUAUAUUACGAUGAUGAUAAUAAUAAACAACAACAACAACAACAAGAGCAGCUUACUGUGCUGGCAUUGGCCUUACGCAGAUACGACGACUGUUUGGCAGGCUGCGUGGGCAACGAACACACUCCAAAAUUGGCUAAAUCGGCAAAUAUUAAUCAAUAUUAGUUUUUAUGCCAACUCUACCGCUUUCAACUUUAAAAUAAAACUAAAGUUUUAUUGUUUAUAGACAGCAACCUUUUGAAGUAGCUAUGUACAUAAAUACACAUAAGAAUCUAGAGCACUGCGUGUAGGCUGCUAGCGCAUGUUUUUAUGUAUUUACCAUAUAAUCCGUAUCUAUACAAACCAACAUUCUUCCUUGUUUAUUUUAAUGAAAUAAAACACCAAAAAAGUCGCA